AUGCAGAAGUUAUUGGAUGAGAUCAACCAAGUAAAAAAUGAUGUGGAAGUUUAUUUGAACACACAGAAAGAGACGUCAGAUGGAAAUCAAACUGAAAUCAGAAAUUUCAAUGAAAAUAUCAAUGAUCUUCGAACACGAAUGGAUGCUAUGGCAAGAGGAUCGGAUUCUAAUUGGCCAAUGGAAACAUUCGAUCAAGUAAAACGAGAUGCAUUGGAUACACUAUCGAAUCUUUCGAAAAGAUUACAUGAAUUCAAUCAACAUUUCGAAGAAACAGUUGAUGCACCAGUUAGUAAAGCAAACCGAGAAAAAUCUAUUCGUGGUUGUAGAUCGAAAACAAAAAAUGCAAAGGAUCUUAAGGAUGUUAGUGAAGUCAAAAGCAUAUGA